CGGCGACAGAUAGAAGCAGCUUUAGAAAGAAAAAAAAAAAACCAGGAAGUGAGAGACUAGUCUGAGAGCGCGAAGAAGAAGAAGAAAAGAUGGAAGCUUUCGGUGGAUUCUUGGUGGACGAGAAGGCGGUUCGGGUCGAGAACAUCUUCCUGGACUUCCUCAAAAGCUUCAGACUGGGCGGCGAAGGCGAGGUCUAUUACGAGGCCGAGAUCGAGGCCAUGAUCGCCAACGAGUCCACCACCAUGUUCAUCGACUUCUCUCACGUCAUGCUCUUCAAUAAUCUUCUCCAGAAGGCCAUUUCCGACGAGUUCUUGAGGUUUGAGCCAUACUUGAAGAACGCGUGCAAGAGAUUUGUGAUGGAGCGGCGGUCCAACGCGAUUCCGGAUGAUGUUAACAAGGACAUCAAUGUUGCCUUCUUCAAUCUUCCAGCCUCCAAGAGGCUGAGGGAAUUGACGACGGCAGAAAUAGGGAAACUGGUGUCGGUGAAAGGAGUGGUGACUCGGACGAGUGAGGUCCGGCCCGAGCUUCUCCACGGGACUUUUAAGUGCUUGGAGUGUGGAGGUGUCAUUAAGAAUGUUGAACAGCAGUAUAAGUACACUGAGCCGACAAUUUGUGUCAAUGCCACUUGCGCAAAUAGAGCAAGGUGGGCAUUACUUCGGCAAGAGAGCAAAUUUGCGGAUUGGCAGAGGGUACGGAUGCAGGAGACUUCCAAGGAGAUACCUGCGGGCUCCCUUCCCAGAUCGCUGGAUGUUAUAAUCCGCCAUGAGAUUGUUGAGAAGGCCAGGGCUGGUGACACGGUCAUAUUUACCGGCACAGUGGUUGUGAUACCAGACAUAUUGGCUUUGGCUGCCGCCGGAGAGAGAUCAGAAGUUUCUCGCCAAGCUUCCCAGCGCAGUAAUGGUGCGGCUGGGCAUGAAGGAGUCAGGGGUCUUCGAGCAUUGGGAGUGAGAGACCUCUCCUACCGCCUUGCCUUUAUUGCGAAUUCAGUUCAGAUUUCUGAUGGUAGGCAGGAUACUGACAUACGGAAUAGAAAGAAGGAUGCUGACGAUGAUGAUCACCAGCAGUUCACUGCAGAAGAGCAAGAUGAAGUUCAAAGAAUGAGGAAUACACCUGAUUUCUUCAAUAAGAUCGUUGAUAGCAUUGCCCCAACUGUAUUUGGCCACCAAGAUAUCAAGCGAGCAAUCCUACUUAUGCUCCUGGGUGGUGUCCACAAGUUUACUCAUGAAGGUAUCAACUUGAGAGGAGAUAUCAAUGUUUGUAUAGUAGGGGACCCCAGUUGUGCAAAAUCGCAGUUCCUCAAGUAUGCUGCUGGAAUAGUUCCAAGAUCUGUUUACACAUCAGGGAAAUCCUCCUCUGCUGCUGGUUUAACUGCAACUGUGGCCAAAGAACCAGAAACUGGGGAAUUUUGUAUUGAGGCUGGAGCAUUAAUGCUCGCCGACAAUGGCAUUUGUUGCAUUGAUGAAUUUGACAAGAUGGACGUUAGGGAUCAGGUUGCAAUUCAUGAGGCAAUGGAACAGCAAACAAUAAGCAUUACAAAAGCAGGAAUACAGGCAACACUGAAUGCUCGAACAUCAAUUCUUGCUGCUGCGAACCCCACAGGGGGCCGUUAUGAUAAAUCUAAACCCCUCAAGUAUAACGUGGCUCUUCCUCCUCCUAUUUUGUCAAGGUUUGAUCUGGUAUAUGUCAUGAUCGAUGACCCAGAUGAUCAAACUGAUUACCACAUAGCCCACCAUAUUGUAAGAGUACAUCAAAAACGGGAAGAGGCGCUUAGUCCUACAUUCACUACUGCACAGCUGAAGCGGUAUAUUGCAUAUGCCAAAACUCUCAAACCAAAGUUAAAUUCAGAUGCUAGAAAGCUGUUGGUGGACUCUUAUGUUGCUCUCAGAAGAGGUGAUACUGCUCCUGGUAGUAGAGUUGCUUAUCGCAUGACAGUUAGGCAACUAGAGGCAUUAAUCAGACUCUCAGAGGCCAUUGCUCGAAGUUAUUUAGAGAUUCAGGUUAAGCCACACCAUGUCCGUUUAGCAGUGAGAUUGCUAAAAACCUCAAUAAUUAGUGUGGAGUCUAGUGAGAUUGAUCUAUCAGAGUUUGAAGAUUCUCGUGACAAUGUUGAGGGCAAUGACAAUGACAAUGGAAAUAAUGGUACUGAUAACGGUGAUGACGAUGGAAAUAAUGGUACGGGUCCAGGUGAUGAUCAAACAACCAAUGGCAGAGCUUCUGUGAAUGGUGAAGGUGGGUCAGGUUCUGCAAACCAACAAGGAAAGAAGCUUAUAAUAAGUGAUGAAUAUUUUCAGAGGGUUACCCAGGCCCUUAUCAUGCGUCUGAGACAGCACGAAGAAGAUGUUAGACAAAGCGGGACAGGGCUGGCUGGAAUGAGGCAGAGGGACUUGAUUCAGUGGUAUGUGAGUCAGCAGAACGAGAAAAAUAAUUACGAUUUCGUGGAGGAAGCAGCUGCUGAAGUUUCUAAAAUCAAAGCUAUCAUAGAGAGCUUAAUAAGAAGAGAAGGGCAUCUGAUAGUCCUUGAUGAUGAGAGGCAAGCAGCAGAAGGUGAAGGAGCACCACAGCCACCAGUAUCCAGAAAUGACAGAAUAUUGGCUGUGGCUCCUAACUAUGUCAUUGAUUGAUGUGGUUAUGCUAUUCAGCAGCAAACCGCAAAAUCAUUCCAUAAGUUCCAAAAUCUGCUGAAUGUAUGUUGGUUCUCCAUUCUGCGCAAGGUUCGGCUUUUUCGUGUCAUGGGAAAAUCUGUUGCAGAAAGAGAUGCGCCCGUAAAUUCAUUAGAGAUGAAAAGUUGGUAGUGUCAUUAGAACAUUGCUAGUCUCACCCAAGUUACCAGUGAAGAACUUAUUUAUGAUUAGCUUGACUGUGCAA